AUGAAAUGGAUGUAGUUAUUUGUCUUGAGAAUGCUUAUGUAGAUAGUGCAUUGUGGUAAGAUAUUGAAUAUCCAUUAAGGUUGGGAACUCUUCAAAUCGGAGCUAAUAGAUAGUUCGACCUUCUCCCUUUGGAAAAACUCCAACAACUCCCCAGGUUAAAAUCUGGUUCAAUAUUGUGACCUUCAGCCAAGUUUGAAUUCCAAGCUUCUUUAAGGAGAUGCGCUUUUGAGUAGAAAUAUUAUUAUGCCAACCUCGCGAUCAUUCAGCAAAAUUAGAAUAAGUUUCGAUCUCUAUUACAUAAAUAUAUGGAGUUCGGUUGAAUCUAUUACUGUUUAUGCCAACAGUUUAUUGGUUCAUUAUGAUAAACCGCGGACUCUUAUUAAUCAAGAUUACCCUCUAAGAUUCUGCGUUUCGAGACCAUUUGGGAAAUCUUACGCUGAAUAAUUCUCUCGUAUAGAUUAGGAAAUAUCCUUUAAUGAUCCAAAUUUAACAAUUGAAAUAGCCCAUGACAGAGCUUCAAUUGGAACGACCAGUGAAUAUGGAAUUGGCAAUUUCAUUUUGCAAGUAUACUUUUGUGACGACAGAUGUGAAGAGUGUGAUUAAAAUGAGUGUGUCUUAUGUAAAACUGGAUUUCAAUUGAUCAGAAAUUAAUGUAUAUGUAAUCCAAUUUUACAAUUUUCCUACUUUAAUCCUGAUUUGACUUGUGUAGAUGAGUGUCCUCUCAAUUAUGCAUCCGAUAAGAAUCGAAUAUGCUAACCGUCGAUUGUUAGUGCACUUUACUCUGAUCUUUAAGAAGAUACAUUUAAUUCUUAUAAAUUUAAAUUUGUUGCUGAUAAAUAUUACAGUGUAAAUUAAUUGAAGAUCAACAACGUUGGAUCAAAGUCAAUUGCAGGUAUGUUUUCCAAUACAGAUUCAAUUAUUUACGAUGACGUCAAUUUACAACCGGCUUUUAAAUACAUGAUCAAAUUCCACCUUUAUAUUACUGGUAAAAUAUCAAAGAUCUACCCUGAUAGCAUUUAAAUACUGUUUAAUUAAUUUGUUGUUGCUUAAUUACCAGAUUUCAAUUAAGUCCAACUCAUAUCCCCUAUUGCUGAAUCUACCACUGUGGGUCAAGCAUAAUCCUGCUCUAUUUCAACCUACAAUCAUUGUGCAUAAUAUGAAAUCACACUUCAAGUAGAAUUGAAUGAAUUGGUAACAGAAAUAAUGUUCAAAUCCAAAUAUUAAUUAAAUACUCCAUCAAGAACAUGGGGAAUUCGAGAUUUCUAAAUUUCUAAAUAUGAGUUAAUAUCAAAUGCUAUUUAAUGCUCAAACAAUUGUUACACUUGUGAUCAAUCGAAACUCAAUGUGUGUUUAUCCUGUUCAGGAACUUUGAAAUUAUUUAAUGGUAACUGUGUAUCUUAAUGUCCAAAUUAUACCGUUACUAUUGGAAACUCUUGUGAUGAUUCCACACUUACUUCGCUUAAUGAGAAAUAUCUAUUAAACAUGUAUCAUGAUAUGAAUUAUUAUCAUUAAGAUACAGUCAUAUGUAUUCUUACAUUAGAUAAGUGUACCUUAGUACCAUAUUCAGAAAUUAAAACAUCAUACUUUAUGAAUCGUAUCAUUUUAGGUGGAUAUGGUAUGUGGGAAAAUUAAUAAAUCAACUUAAGAAUCUUUCAUGACAAAUUAAUUUAUAAGGUAAAAGUGUACUUCAAUUUGGUGUUUAUUGAUUCAACUAAUAACUAGAUCUUAUUCCGUACUAGUGUCAAUAAUGAAUUGCCACAAUACAGUAUGUUUGGAAGCAGUAUUUCAGUUGGGAAUCAAGUUGGUUAAUCCAAAGGUGAAGUUGUUUAGAGUGUUUCAUAUGUGAAAGGUUUUGAUUCCACUAAGGAACUCAGACUUCAGUUGCAAUGCAUUCAAGGGAUUGACACUGAUGCUUAUUGUGGUAUCUAUGAUUUUAGAAUAAUUGUGUCUACAUGUCAGGAUAAUUGCAUAAAAUGCGAUGAACAUGGAAAUUGUAUAAAUGAGAUCGAUACUGUAAGUCAAGACAUCGAUGGAUGCAAGACUGGCUAUUAUUUAGAGAAGGAUACAUGUUUAUAAUGUGUUUCAGGAUGUACAUAAUGCACAAGUAUAAAUAAAUGCCAGGCAUGCAAAGCAGGUUAUGAAUUAAAAUACAAUACUUGUUUUUGUAGUUUAUUAAAAGAAAGAAUAGAAUAUUGUGAAUAAACGAAUUGUUUUCAUAAUUGCAAAACCUGUAUCGACACAAGAGAAAGCUAUGGAAUUUGGAACUAGAAUCAUCCUAAAAGUUGUUUAUCAUGUGAUGAGACUAAAAAUUUAUGGCUCAAUGUAAACCAAUGUAGUUGUUUGGAUGGAUAUUACAUGGAGGGUUUCAGCUGUUAUUUAUGUUUACCGACUUGUUUGAAAUGUUAUCAGUAGGCUAGAGUUUGUACAGCUUGUCAUCCUGGAUAGAAUAGAGUUUUAGAUAAAGAAUAAUGUCGAUGUCAAAUAGGGUAUUUUUAAGAAGACAACGAUCUGGUUUGUGCUAAGUGUAGUGAUUUGUGUUAGAAUUGUAAUUUCACAAAAGAUUAAUGUAAUGCAUGUUAUUCCAGUCAGAAUAGAAGAUUAAAUGCUGAUCAAUGUAUUUGCAUGGAUGGAUUUUAUGAGAGUGGAGACCUAGUUUGUAAAAAAUGUCCUUCGAAAUGCAAAACUUGUUUAAAUGAAAGCACUUGUUUAACUUGCAAUGAAACUUAAUUCAGAAUAUUAAGUAUAGAUAAUGUGUCUUGCACUUGUCAAUCUGGAUAUUUUGAUUAGAGCUCGGACACUACAUGUGGAAAAUGCCACUCAAGUUGUUUAGAGUGUAAAUAGAAUAAUAAUUUUGAAUCAUGCACCAGAUGUCCUACUACAAGAGAACCUAAAUAUCAUAGUAAUAGUAAUGUAAACCUAUUUGAAUGCAAAUGUAGAAGAGGAUAUUAUGAAAUAAAUUAAUAACAAUGUUCUAGUUGUGCAGACUAUUUGAAUCCUCCAAUUAAUCAUUAUUGUUACUCAAAUUGUGGAGAUGGUAUUCUUUAAUGGAAUGAAGAUUGUGAUGAUGGUAAUAAUAUCGGUAGAGAUAACUGUUAUAAAUGUUUACAUGGCAAUUCAUUUUGUUUUGAUUACACUUGUACUGGAUGCUUAGCAGGAUAAUGUACUGGUUGCAUAGAUGGAUUCUAUUUAACUUAAGAAUUCAUUUGUUUGCCUUGCAAUUCAAGUUGUAAGACUUGUGUUCAAAGAGCUGAUAAUUGCACUAAUUGCAUCAUUUACAAAGAAGAUUAAUCUGGAUGUGUGAUGUGUGAUUAAAAUUUGGGAUUAUAUAUAGUUGAUUCUGAAUGUGUUCCCAUUUGUGGAGAUGCUAUUAAAGUUGAAUAAGAAGAAUGUGAUGAUGGUAAUUUGACAAGUGGAGAUGGGUGUGAUUAAACCUGUAAAAUUGAACCUGGUUUUGAAUGUGGAUCUCAUUGUGAAAAAGCUAUUUAUCCUAAUAUUUUAUUUGAGGUCAACACAUCAGACAAGAAGUUUGACAAACAAAGACUGGUGAGAAUCAAAACAGAUUCUCUUGUUUCCAUCACUGGAAGCAUAGGCUCUAUUUUUGCAUUCAAAAUAAACAAUUGUGAUGACUACGAUCUUACCCUUGUUGACUUGACUUAAUAUUCAGAUAAAUUCACUUAAGUAUUCUUAGAGUUGACGAUAACAUUUAAAUAGUCUGUCCCUGAUCCAGAAUUGGUGUGUUAGAUUAUUAACUAGAAUGCUGUGUUGAAUUAGGAUGGUAAUACAUUUGGAGAGAAGAACUACAUGAUCAAAUUAAAGGAGUUUGAAGAGCCUUCCCUUUUAACUGAGUAGGCCACUGAUGGAUUGAUGAAACUGAGCAAGUAUGUACUCUAUUUGCUCUUGGGAUUUGCAAUAUUGGCAUUCCUAUUAGGAGGAUUGAACAUCUUCUGGAAUCUGUUGGAUGCCUUAUAAUUGGUCUCCUACCUUCAGUUCUUCAAUGUAUCGUAUCCCUAUAAUGUGCAUAAUUAUUUCACAAUCUUUGGAUUUGCUUAAUUUGACUUCAUUAAGAAUUACUUGGAUUUGGAGACAUUCAUCAGUCAAUAUGUGAAUACUCCAGAUGCAGAUCCUAAAUUCAGAGAUCAAGGGUAUUCAACUGUAUUCUACGUGAAUAUCAUCCCAGUCCUUACUGUAUUUGUCACCACUCUUCUCACUUACAUUGCGUGUACUGCAUUGCUAUCGACAUUAACUAAGUUUUCGCAUUCUUUUAUAUAUGUGCCACUGAACUCAUAAGAACAGAGCAUUUGCACUUUCUUCAUUUACAGAAUCACAAGAGCCAUCCAAAUACAAUUGUUACGUUUUAAUAAAGCCUUUUCAUCAGGUCUGAUCAGAACUUUCAUGGCUGUAGCCUUUGAUUACAACCUUGCCUUCUUUUUAUAGUUGAAGGAUUUCAUAUUGAGUGAUCCCAUCCUAUUCACUAGUUUUCUCUUUUGUCUAUUAGCUUUUGCCGUGGAAGUGAAAUUCAUUUCUAUGGCCAUCAACUUCAUGUCCAAACCAGCCUUUGUGUUUAAAUAAAAAUUAAGUUUGGACAAUUUCGGAGCUAUUUAUGAAGGGAUCAAAUUAGAAUAGAAUCCAUUCACCUAUUAUUUCAACAUAGUACUCCUAAUUAAAAAAAUGCUAUUCAUGCUUUGUCUAGUAAUGUUCUAUUCGUCUCCCUGUUUACAAGUGGGAUUUGUAUCUCUUCUGAACAUUGCGAUGGCUCUUUACCUCAUAAAAGUGCAGCCUCUGGAAGACAAAGAUGAAUAGUACAAGUAAGUGGGCUCUGAAAUUUUGAUAUGGCUUGCUGAAAUGCUGAUCUUAGGUUAUGCUAUUAAUGAAUAAUCCAAUUCCCUUAGUGUAGACUCACAACUCACUAUUGGUUGGUUUGUGAUUGCUUUAACUUCCUGUCUAAUCAUUUUCCAACUAUUCAUUGAUGUCAAAUAACAUGUUGGCUUCUUAAUUAAUGAAUAUGCCAUUGUUAAGAAAUUCUUCUACAAACUCAAGAAGAUGUUUUCCGGAAGAUAACCUGAAUAAGAAGAAGAGAAUAUUUUCCUCAAAGGAAAAAGAAGAUUGGGAAUUGAAAAUCUGACCUCGCAAACCAACAUCAUGACAAAUAAGUUAAGAAAUCCAAGUAAUUUCAAAUAAGGAAGAAUGGUAACAUUUACCAUCAGCUCAAGUAGCAGCUGA